UGGCAUUUAAAAGUGCGAGAGUUUAGCGGUUUAAAGACACUUGAAAUGGACAUCCGUUAAUAUAACAAACGCACGAUGGUGAGCAGAGAACCCAGUAACAUCGAGCUAAAUGUCGACCUUGACAACUGCGGCAUCUGUCUGGGCGAGUUUAAAAAACCCAAGAUAUUGCCUUGCUUCCAUACAUUCUGCAUGGGUUGUCUGAAGUCGUACGUGGACAAAACUGAACGUAGUGGACGAUUUACUUGCCCUCUGUGUUUGAUUGAGACUGACCUACCUCCAGGAGGCGUCGAACAUUUCCAGACCAAUUUUUAUAUAAAAGCCGAACAAGCAAAAACCCUUGCCUUGCUGAACUCGAGAUGUGACGUCUGCGAUGUCGAUAUUCCAAGCAAGGCCGAAAAGAGAUGUCUAGAAUGCGACCAAAAUCUAUGUAUGAAUUGCAGCAAAACACACUUGAAAAUGACGUCAUCAAAAGAACACCAUCUGAUGACUGUCAACUUCCCAGAAAAGCCACUCACACCAUCAGUCAUUGCCAAAGUCUUCUGCGACAAACACAAAACCGAGGAACUUACGUUUUAUUGCAGAGUCUGUGAUCUUCCAAUAUGCAUGAGAUGUAAAGUUACAACUCAUGAAAACCACUCAACUAAUGAUCUCUCUGAUGUUGCAUCCGAAACAAGACAAUUUUUGAGCUCUAAAUUGUCUGACGCCAAAAGCUAUCUUCCAUCUCUGCAUGAACAGCUGAACGAAAUUAACCAAUACGAAGACCAUCUGACGCAAUCGAAGAAAAAAAUUGUGAAAGCCAUUGGUGAGAGAGCAUCGGACCUGCAUUCAAGAAUCGACAAAAUAUCCAGUUCGAUGAUGAAUGACAUUGAAGCAGAAUUCCGAGUCGAAAUGUCAAGAGUGGACUCUCAAAGACUAGCGCUUGGAAAUGCCGGAAAAGCACUGUCCUCCCAGUUCCAUGCUGCAAACCAAGUUGUUAAUUUCGGGUCAGAUGCAGAGAUUGCAAGAAAUAAACAGAUGCUCUCUAACCGUCUUGAAAAGCUUACCAAAAAAUCAGAGGACCGCAUCAUCACAAAACUGGAUCUUGCCUUUUCCCCAAGUAGCACUCUGGAAGAAAAUAUAGAAGACUUAUUUGGAAGUUUGUCCACCGAUAGACCGCCAGUGGAUGACAUAAAAGUGAAGGAAGUAUCUGUCUUUCAAGUGGACGACACCUUCAAAGUAGUAAGUUCCAUCUGUCCAAAAGGAGAUGGAGAGGCAUGGAUAACUUCUGGUUGGAAGCCCGAAAUCCACCUCUUCAACGUUCACGGAACUAAACUGAAAACUCAGAAUGCAGGACGAAACAUCGACACGAUUGUACUGAACAAAGAUGGAUCCAUGAUAGUUUCCUGUAGCGACCAGCGCCAGAUUCUCAAAGGGAGGAAUGGUCUCGAUUUCUCCGUAAUAGCUACCGUUGCCAUGCAUCCUCGAGGUGUCACAGUCAACAGCAGUGGCGAGGUUUUCCUUUGCGCUGGACAGUCUCUGGCUUUCCAGGACUACAAAGAUGGGCACAGGAACAAAGUCCUUCGCUACUCCAUGGACGGUAGUCUUAUUGGCGAAUUCCGCGAUCCUUCCAGUGAAUUCCUCUACCCUCUCAGAGUAGUGUGUAACAUCACCGGUGACGUAGUCGUUUCCGACUGCCAAAAACGCCGAGUCACCAUUCAUCGUCAGGACGGUCAUAUAAAAUUUUCCUACACAGGAACGGAAACAGCCAACUUACGAAGUCCCUUUGAACCAAGAGGUGUCGCCUGCGAUUCCCGCGGUUACAUUUACGUUACCGACAAUGCCAAUGACGCCGUACAUCUUCUGGAUCAUACGGGAAAAUUCGUUCGUCUACUUUUUACGGCAAAGGAUGAAAUAUAUGGCCCAUACUCUGUUGCCAUGGAUUCCAAAAAUAAUUUGUGGAUUGGAUGUCGAGACGCAACUGUUAAGGUUUUCCAAUGCACCCAUUUUUGACUUUUGAAAUUUUUGAUUUACAAUAAAGUGAAGUGCGGUUUGUCAUUUAAUUGGGAAAGGGAGAAUAUAGUGUUUAAUGGGUGUUAACAGUAUAGAUAAUGUAUAUUUUGUGUUUUGCAGUAUUAUGAUGUGGCGUAUAUUGUAUAUUUGUUCUCGUGUUAUACAUGUUCUCGUGUCUUUCAGAUUUUGAUUAAACUGUACAGUAUUCUAGUACAAACCAACA